AUGUGCUGGUUGAGGGUAUGGAGCCAGGUCUUCCUGCCAGUCUUCCUUUCCCUAGUUCUCAUCCAACUGCUUAUCAGCUUUUCAGAUAAUAGAUCUUUCCAAAUCUAUAGCAGCAGGAGCAAUCAAGACACAAAUAUGUCCCUUGAAGAAGUAUGUGCUCAAAAGAAGACUUGUCAAUUGUGCACAGAAAAUAGGAAAUGUAUUUGGUGCAGGGAAGAAAGGACUUGCAAAAAAUACUGUUUUCCAUAUGCUGGGUGUAAAUUCAAUUCUAUAUUUUGGGGAAAUUGUAAAGUUGACAUGUUUGGAAUCAUGAUGCUGAUAAUCAUUGGAAUAUUGUUACUAUUAUUCGCCUGCUCAAAAUCAGUUGACUAUGGAAUGUCAGUGACAGCUCUUCUGGGAGCAGUACAGCUGGCCUGUGGACGUUUGGAGGUUGGCCCAUGGUCAUGCCGCCUCAACAGCAUCCCAGAUUCCUUUGAGAAAUUGCUUCUUUUGAAUUGGAAAUACUCUUGGCAAAUGGAAAGUGAGGGCUUCGCUUUGUGCACUGUUGAAUUAGCGGAGCUUGGAACAGUUCUUGGUAUACAAAAUAGAUUGCGAAAGGAGGAACCCAAUCAGCCAGGGGGCUGUGUGUACUGUUUACAGCGUGACAGGUAUUCCCGAUCAGCCAUCGCCAGCAUCUCCACCCCAUCUCCCAGUGUGAGACUCGGGGCCCUGGAGAAGCAGCAUGGGGUCUGUCUUCUGGGCUGCGUCUGCAAACUUACGGAGUGGGGGGCGCAGAAAAAAAGUCUCCACCGAACUCUAGUGCGUCCCCGCGGCCUUCGUGCCCUUCAUCCGGGGCGACCCCCUCCAACUCCGCGCCCGGUGCGAGCACACGCUGGUGCCAAGGAGAAACGCUCCGACGCCAGGCCCCGUCGGCCCUCCGCCUUUCGGGAGGGAGGGAGGGAUGCAGGCAACUGUGCUGGGGACCCGCGGGAGGGCCAGGACGAAAAGGAGAGACACCCCCUCCCCGCUGGAUCCGGGGGUGCCUUGGCGGACCAUCUCAAGCCUUCAAGUUGGGUGUCUCCUUCCUGCCACUCGCGCUGCGGUGACUUCCCGCCCGCGGGGGACGGACGAGGGGACACCGGCCCCUACCUCCACCGGGCCGUCCCGGGCUGCCAGGCUGCCCUGCUCUGA